UUGAUUUGUUCUUUUUCUAGUUUCUUAAGGUGUAGGGUUAGGUAAUUGAUUUGAGAUCUUUCCUCUUUGAUAAUGUGGGCGUUUACAGCUAUAAGUUUCCCUCUAAGCAUGCUGCAUCCCUUAAGUUUUGAUAUGUUGUGUUUUCGUUUUCAUUCAUCUCAAAGUGUUUUUUAAAUUUCUGUUUUGAUUUCUUCUUUGGUUAUUUAGGACUGAGUUAAUUUUCCCAUGUUUAUGAAUUCUCCCAAUUUCCUUUUCUAAUUUCAUUCCUCUGUAGUCAGUGACCAUCCUUUUGUGUUUUGUUUUAUUCGGUCCUUUUAAAUGUUUAAGGCUUGCUUUAUGAUCUCGUAUGAGGUUCAUCCUGGAAAACGUGCCACGUGCACUUGGGAAGAAUGUGUAAUCUUCUGUUAUUGGGUGGAGUGUACUGUAGAUGUCUGUCAGGCAUACCUGGUUCCUUGUGUUGUUCAUCUUCUGUUUCCUUGUUGAUUUUCUGCCUCAUUGUUCCAUCCGUUAUGGCAAGUGGAAUACUGAAGUCUCCAACUAUUGUCAUUGAAUCUCACUUCAAUUCUGCCCGUUUUUAUUCCAUGAAUUACAGAGUUCUGUUGUUAGAGGCCUAUAUGUUUAUCAUCGUUAUAUCUUCCUGUUGUUUGACUCUAUUAUCAUUAUAAAAUGUUCCUCUUUGUCUCCAGUAGCAUUUCUGUUUUAAAGUCUAUUUUGUGUGAUAUUUGUUUAGCCGCUCUGGCUCUCUUUUGGGUAUUGUUUGUGCAGUAUAUCUUUUUCCAUCCUUUCACUUUCACCCUAUUUGUUUUUAAAUCUGAAUGUGUCUCUUGUAGACAGGAUUCAGUUUGUUUUUUAAAUCCACUCUGUCAGUCUUUGCCUUUUGUUGGAGUAUUUAAUUCACUUAUGUUUAAUGUGAUUGCUGAUGAGGUAGAUUUAUGUCAGCCAUUUUGCUAAUUGUUUUCUAUUCGUCUCUUGUCCUUUUUCAUUCCUCCCUACUGCCUCCUUUUUGUGUUAAAUAGAUAUCUUCUAUCAUAGCAUUUGAUUUCCUUAUUACUUAUUUAUAGUAUUUGUUUAGUUACUUUCUUAGUGGUUGUCCUGGGGAUUAUAAUUAGCCUCUUAAUUUAAAGUAAUCUAGUUCAUAUUAAUACUGUCUUAACUUCAAUAGUGUACAGAAACUUCUUUCCAAUAUAACUGUUCCCUCCCCUUCCUUUGUGCCAUUUUUGCCUUACUAAUUAUGUCUUUAUGCAUUAUAAGCCCAUCAACACAGUUUUGUAAGUAUUGCUUCAUGCAGUAUUCUUUUAAAUCAGAUAGAAGAAAAGAGCUACAAAUAAUGCAUUUAUACCGUCUUUUAUAUUUAACUGUAUAGGUACCUUUAUCAGUAGAUUUGAGUGACCAUCUAAUGUCUUUUCAUUUCUCCCAAAGGACUCUCUUUAGAAUUUCUUGUGGUAUAGAUCGGCUAGGACAAAGAACUGAAUUCUCUCAGUAUGUGUUUAUCUGAGAAUGUCUUAAUUUCUCCUUUGUUUUUUGAAGGAUAGUUUUGCUGGAUAUAGAAUUCUUGGUUGACAGUCUUUUUCUUUCAGCAUUUUGAAAAUGUCAUCCCACUGCCUGUGGCUGCCAUGGUUUCUGAGGAAAGUUACCCAUUCAUUAUUUGAGAACCCCUCAUAUAUGAUGAGUCAUUUUUCUUUUGCUUCUUUCAAGAUUCUCUGUCUUUGGACGGUUUGACUAGGAUGUGUCUAGGUGUGAAUCUCUGAGUUUAUCCUAUUUGGAGUUCAUUGAGAUUCUUGAAUUUAUAAUAUUUUCAACAAAUUUUGCAAGUUUUCAAUCAUUAUUCCCUCUGAUAUUCUUUCCACCCCUUUUUCCCCUCUCUCCUCUCCUAGGGCUGCCCUUAUGUAUAUGUGGGCACACUUGAUGGUGUCUCACUCAGGUGGCCUCUGAGGCUCUGUUCAUUUUUCUUCAUUCUUUUUUCCUUUCUGCUCCUCAGACUGGAUAAUCGCAGUUGACCUAUCUUCAAGUUUAUUGAUUCUUUCUUCUGUCCACUUAGAUCUGCUGGUGAGUCCCUAUAGUGAAUUUUUCAUUUCAGUUGUUGCACUUUUAAACUCCAAAAUUUCAAUUUGGUUCUUUUUACAGUUUCUGUUCCUUUAUUUAUAUUUUCUAUUUGUUGAGACAUGGUUGUUGUACUUACCUUUAACUCUUUAGACAUGGUUUUCUUUGGUUCUUUGAACAUAUUUAUCAUAGCUGAUCUGAAGCCCUUGCCUAGUAAGUCUAAUUCUAGAUUAAGACAGUUUCCAUUGACUGCUUUUUUCCUGUGUAUGGGCCAUACGUUGUUUCUCUUUUUGUGUCUUGUCAUUUUUUUCUUGAAAAGUGGCCAUUGUAGAUAAUAUAAUGUGGUGAGUCUGCAAAUCAGAUUCUCCUUCCCUUUCCAGGUUUUGUUGUUGUUGUUUUUGUUGGAGCUGUUUAGUGACUUUCCUUGACUAAAUAUGUAAAAUCUGUAGUAUGCAGUCAUUCAAGUCUCCCCUUGGUUAGUUUGGUGGUCAGCUAAUGAUUUGCCAGAGCUAUGAUUAGAUGCCUUGAACCAAUAAGUCUUCUACCCUUUGCUGUGUGUGUGUGUGUGUGUGUGUGUGUGUGUGUGUGAGCACACCUUUAAUGCUUAGAUAGUUUAUAACUCUGCCUUAGUCUUCACUUCCUGCUUGCACAGGGACUCAAAGUCAGCUAGAGGUGAGAGACUGGGGACCUCUUAGGUCCUCCCUGCUCAUAGGCACAGAUCUACACAUGCGCAUGCCCUUCUAGAUCUCCAGAAAUAUGUCAGAGCUUUUCAAAGCCCCCAGUGGAUUUCUCCCUCCCCAGGUCUUCCUUUUGGCCCGCUGUCAUUUGCCCCAAUUAGGAUCACAGCUUUAGGCAGCCGUAAUGUUAAAGAAUUACCACUGAUUGUUUUUGACAAAUGCCGUGGAGAUUGGGCUUUUCCACAGAAUGAGUCAGGUCAAGUGAUGACAAUGCUCUGUGAAUGGGGCUUUUUCAGGAAGCUACAAGACAGGUCACAUAGCGACAGUCCUCUGGGGAUGGGACUUACUGAGAUGCUAAUUCAUACCAAGGUAUGUGAGUGGGUACUAGGUCAUCUCUGGUCGAGGUCUUGUCCUUCUUACCUAAACUUUACCUAGACGCUAUGUGGUGACUUGGAGGUGAGUUAAGGUGCCUAAGGGCUUGGUCUCAAGGAGGCAGUGUGCAAUGUUGGAAGGUCAUGAAGCUUGGAGUUGGGCAGACCUGGUUCUGAAUUCUGGCUCUGCCACCUACUGUCUGUGCAGCCUUGGGGGCAAGUUACCUCUCUAAGCCGAAGAGGCAUACCUUUGUCUGUACACUGGGAUACCAACAACCUCACCAGGUUGUGUCAAGAGAAGAAUUAAAUUGGCCUCUGUAAUAAGGUUGCUGGCACACCGAAAAAUGCCUAAUAAUGGAAAUGAUUAUUAUUUGGCUUGAAGCUUAGGGUAAGACUCCAAAAAAUAAUGAGGCCAGUGUUGUUUUGUUGAAAUAAAAGCACUUAUAACACUCACUAUGUGCCAAGCCCUGUCCUAAGCACUUUCUGUAUGGGAAUUCGUUUAAUCCUCACAAUAACCCUAAAGUGGAUUCUAUUUGUCUCAUCUUAGAGAUGAGGGGACUGAGGCCUAGAGUUUCCACCCAAGGCCACUCAGCACUGGCACUCCCCCCUGGGCUCUUUUGUGCCAGAAUGCACACUCCCAACCUACACUCCAUGUUUCUUUCGUUUUAAUACAACACAACUUAACACCGGGCGUUGUCUUUUCCAACCAGCCAUGGAGAACACAACUAAAACCAAAAGCGGCGUAUGCCCUUUACUAGUGAAACUUGGGACGGACAGACUGGACUCUCCCUAGUCACAUCCAAUUUGGAAAGAGUAGAAGGUCAGUCACAAACCAAACUGGCAGCUUCUCCUUUGUGGCUUCGGCCGGGCCAGGUUCCUCUCUGGGGAUCAGUCACACACAGGACCUGUCCCCGGUCGGAGUUCCUCUUGGGGUGCGGGGAAGCAGAUGCGGCCCCCUGGAGCUGGUGCUGUGCUGAGCGCAGCCCCUCCUUGAACCGGCUCAGAGGGGCUCACAGCCUGAGGGCCAGGAGGGGGCGCUGCGGGUCAGCCACUCCCGCCAGCUCCCCAGGGGCCACCAGGAGCCCGCAGCGCCAGCACAGGAGGGAUGUUUAAUCGCUUGGCACCCACCUUAACUCACCAGGGCCGUGUAGGAGGAGCCAGCACCCCCAUGGGUUCCGUUCCGUCUUCUAUGACUCAGUUGGGCCCUGUCACAAUCAGUGAUGUCACAGUGGCCGCUGCCCACCAUGUGACUGUCUCUGCAAGUGCAGAGCAUGAGGUGUGGAUGGAGAGCUGGGGCGGCGCGCCCAGCGCCUGCUCUCCAGCCUCCCCAAAGGAGGGCCCUAAGUGGCCAGCACUCACCGACCCUCCUGCCCAGGAGGUCUGCAGCCAUGGCAGGUAUUCAGGUGGCGCUCACCAGAACAGCCAGGAUGUUUGUAAAACGCUCAAAUAUCUCUGUACCAGUUAGCAGAUCGUCGCUGCCAGCAGCCUCCCUAGGGCCCCGUGGCCUCCUCACUGUCUGGUGCCUGAAGCUCCAUGCCUGCCCAGCACAGCCACCUGCGGCUGGGGACGGGCUUAUGACCCGCUGCUGUGCUCAUGGUCUGGCCGAGCUGUGCUGAGCUUUGCAUACCAGCCAGUCUGCAUCAGCAACUUCUGGAGGCACAGAGCCCUGAACUGGGGAGUGAGGAGGGAGCUUCGAGACUGGAUUGUGUCCACGUCCUCGGUUUUCUCAUGAGGCGAGGCGGACGGAGAGAGGCCUGUCCUCUGGUAGGUGGAGGAUGCAGAUGGGCAGCAGCGUGAAUGGCCUUGGAGUCCGGCUGCCCUGGGCUCAAGUCCUGACUCCACUUUGACCUCCUGAGCCCCUGGGCGUGCGCCUGGGCUCUGGCCUCGGUCACACGGUCAGGAAAAUGAUGUGUCACCGGGCUGCCGCGAGACAGUGUGGGUAUGGAGCAGGACGACUUGUGUGGGGUGAGUGCCCCCCAGCCCCAAAUGCUGUCCUCCCCUGACAGCCGGGGCUGCGGAGACGCCGACACCUUCUAACUUAGCGGGGCCCCAGCGGCCAUGUCCAGGGCCACCUGCCUGCAGAUGGGCCACUACCUACCUCGUCCUAGUCCAACCUCGGGAAUGAGCAAGCUCUUUCCCAGUGAAGGCCUCUCGGGAGGGUGAAGGAGACCAUCCGCCAUUCACACUCUGAAGCCCACCUUGCUAAUGAUCAGUGGUCUGGACCUACAGAUGUCACACACGGGCUCGGAGGGGGUGAGCUGAGGGGUCCUCGGAGGCCACCCAGCCCGGCCUUCACAUUUUCCAGAAGAGUUUAUUUUAAAAGCCCAGAAGAGAGGAGGUGACUUGCCUAAGGCCACACAGCACGUCUGUGGCCCAGCUGGAACUCCACCCACGGUCCCUUGUCCGGGACCUCCUGUCUCUUGACUCUGGAAGGCUACCUCACUUUGUUCUAGUUUAGUCCACAUGAAUCGAGGGCAGGUUCUGUGCACAGAGCUGUGCCCGCCACUUACAGAGCUGGUGUCGCCUUCCUUACCCAACCGGUUAAUGGGUGGAAGGUUACUCAAGGCAUGCGUGAGGGUUCGGGGCUCCAUUCUCUCAUGCCACCUCUGACAGCUGGAUGCCAUGCAUGAGCCCUGCUCCGAAUGUGCUGGAGAAGGUCAGGCCAACUCUAUCAAAAAUAAUCCUUCCUCUGUUGUCCUGAGACAUCUCCAAGUACCAGAAGGGACAAAAUGGGCUUAGACUUGAGCCUGUCUGCUUUGCCACAGGCCCCAGCCCUCCCUGUCGUCCUGCCUUGUGCGUUUGCAUUGACUCCACAGCCCUGAUAUCUUGGUGGAUUCCCAGGGUUGAGAGGGGCUCUUGGUGCCUGACGUGUUUCUCAGCCAUAGUCAAGGAACCUUUUAUACAGAGAAUGCUCUCCUGCCUUAAAUAAACGGUCUUUCAUUUGGGAAGGAAGAGGAGCUCACAUGUGCUGGGCAUUUACUGUGCCAAGGGCAGCGCCAGCUGGGCCUCCGAUUUCUCCAGCCUCCCCUCGGGGUGGGUACGAUAGUGUCAGUUUUAGAGAUGAAGACAUUGAGUCUCUGAGAGGUAGACCACUCUCCCCCGGCCACCCAGAUGUCACCGGUCAAGCGAAGUUUGAACCGAGCUCGGAAUGCCUCCCGAAUCUGUGUUCUCUUCUCCCGGCUGUCUUUCAAGUCUCAAGAAUGGACUCUUCUGGGAAGAUCCCAGUUGAUAGUCCUUGGCUGCUAGGACUACGGGGCUUUGACGUUUCUCUGGCUACCUAAUAAAGUGAUUUCUGAUGGAAACCUAAGGACGUACUUCCUUCCUGUGCCCCACUCCUCUGGGACCCACAGGACAUCAUCAGAGCUUGGAAAUCCCUGGAAACCGGGGAGGAGCAGGCACCCAAAGGAUGUCGCAGCCCCUUCCCUUUAUUCAGAGAAACCGGGGACCCGCUCCUUCCCCAUAAACUCCUGGGAAGCCACUGACUAGGGCUGGGCGAAGGGAGGGGGGUGAGUCUGGGGGAAAUGAGGCCACGGAGCCCCGGAAAAGGCUUGGGUCACCCAGCAUCCUGCCCCGUCUCCCCUGUGAGGCCCCAUUGUCCUGGCUCCAGCUCCCGGCUGGCCCGCCCUCACCACUGCAGCAUUCACAAGCUGGCUCUAAGGCCCAUUCUGAGUGAGUUCGCGCUAUUUGUAGAAUCUUCUUAAAAUACCACAACAGUGCCAUUCACGGAGCGUCUGCCUGGCAGUCGAUGGUGGAGGUCGGAACAAAGCUUCCCUGUGCUCGGCAUCCCGUUCUGGCCUCUGCCGGAGGGCGCCCCUCCGCCCCACCGAUGGGGGUGCUGGCGCUCGCCCUGUCCUGGGUACUCCAGAGCGAGGCCCCGUGGGGUCCAGCCCAGACUCUGGUCCCCCCUCACUGGCCCGGAGCAUGCCCUGGGUCAGGCUGGCCAGCAGAGGGAGUGCAGGAUGGCGCCCAGCUCUGUAAACGAGAUGGUGGCCUCCAUGUGGCCGUCCCCAUUAGGCACAGGUCUCCAUACCCCCACCCUCAGCCCCCCAUCAGCAGGCCACACGCAGACUUGCUCAGUCACAGCUGGAUGGAAGGACGAGAACAACAAAUCAGUAAGGGCUCAUCAGGGAGGGACCCGGGAGGAUAACACCCAUCGUGUCCAGAAUCAGAAACUCUGGCAUUCUCGUUUCCAGGGACACGGUGUCAUCACAGUGGUGUCCUCGCCAAGUGCAUUGCUCCGCCCCACUUCAGCAGUCCCCACAGUGCCUUCUCAGGAGCACUUCCUCUUGGGAUGUUGAUAAGAGUCACAUCAGCAAGGUGUUUUGUGGUACCCGGAGGAGCUGAGGGUUUUCUGCUGUUGGACCUUUAUCAUGCUGAUGGCGGGGCUUCCGCCUGGAGCUGCUGGCUGGACAGCGAUGCUCUAGCUGGACCUUCCUGUGUCCCCUCCAGGAUGAGGGUGUGGCUGGAGCCCCAGGCGAUGUGCUCAUCUGUUCAAAGGUGGUACCGGGGAGCGGGAGAAGGUGCCGGCCAGCCCCGAGGCGCUGCUGCUCAUGGCCAGCUCCCAGCGUGACAUGGAGGACUGGGUGCAGGCCAUCCGCCGGGUCAUCUGGGCCCCGUUUGGCGGAGGUACUGCCCGUAGCUCGCAUGCUCACCCUCUAGAACCCUUGCCUUCAGGCAUCUUCGGGCAGCGCCUGGAGGACACGGUCCACCAUGAGCGCAAGUACGGCCCGCGCCUGGCGCCCCUGCUGGUGGAGCAGUGCGUGGACUUCAUCCGCGAGCGCGGCCUCACCGAGGAGGGCCUCUUCCGCCUGCCCGGCCAGGCCAACCUGGUGCGGGACCUGCAGGACUCCUUCGACUGCGGGGAGAAGCCGCUGUUUGACAGCACGACAGAUGUGCACACGGUGGCCUCGCUGCUGAAGCUCUACCUGCGCGAGCUGCCUGAGCCCGUGGUCCCCUUCGCCAGGUACGAGGACUUUCUCAGCUGUGCCCAGCUGCUCACCAAGGACGAGCGGGAGGGGACUCUCGAGUUGGCUAAACAAGUACGCAGCCUUCCCCUUGCCAAUUACAACCUGCUCCGAUAUAUCUGCAAGUUUCUGGAUGAAGUUCAGUCCCACUCAAAUGUCAACAAGAUGAGUGUCCAGAACCUGGCAACUGUUUUUGGACCUAACAUACUUCGGCCACAGAUCGAAGACCCAGUGACCAUCAUGGAGGGCACGUCCCUGGUGCAGCACCUGAUGACCGUCCUGAUCCGCAAACACAGCCAGCUCUUCACAGCGAGGGCUGCCGAAGGGCCAGCCUCCCCACGCGGGGGCCCCCCGUGCACCGUGGGAUGGGGCUCCGAGGAGGUCACGAAGGACAGCCAAGCAGAGCCCAGCAGCCCCACCACCCCCGGCCUGCCCUCACACAGGACCUCAUCUCUGGACGGGGCCACUGUGGCGGCGCUUUCUAGAACCUCUCCCAAGGGCCUGGGCAGCCACUGCAGCCCGGCUGCCACCAGCCCUGGGAAGAGGGUACAGACUCUGCCCAACUGGAAGUCCUCCUUCCGGCAGCCAGGGUCGCGAUCAGGGAGCCCAAAAGCGGGCAGCUCGGCCCUGGAGGUGCCCGACACCUCCUCCAGUGGGAACUGGCUCAUGAAUGGGCUGUCCUCCCUGCGUGGCCACCGCCAGGCCUCGUCGGGGGACCGGCUCAAGGACCCGGGCUCUGCACAGAGACUCUCCACAUAUGACAACGUGCCCCCGGCUGGCCCGGGUGCCAGCACGCCCAGCGGGGCCAGCACGGCAGGGUCCGGAGCCUCCUCUGGCGACGCCUCCGUCAGGGCCUCACUCAGCAGCUGCACUGCCUGCAGGGCCAGCGACUCGUCUGCCUGCAGCUCCCUCGAGCCCUCCCCGUUCCCCAGCAGCAGUGAGGACCACAGAUGUGCAGACCUGGGCCGUGGCCUGGACGGGGCAGGGCCCUGCAUCAGCAGCAGCGAGCCCAGUGACGCAGGCAGCCCCGUGCGGGACCGUGCCCACCGCUCCGAGGCUCUGCAGGGCCUGGUCACGGAGCUGCGGGCUGAGCUGUGCCGGCAGCGGACUGAGUACCAGACGAGUCUGAGAAGACUCGAAGAAGGUAGUGCUGACCUGAGGAAACAGAUGUCACGGCUAGAAGAAGAGCUGGACCAGGAGAAGAAAAAGUACACGAUGCUAGAAAUCAAGCUGAGGAACUCGGAGCGGGCGCGGGAGGACGCGGAGAGGAGGAACCAGCUGCUGCAGAAGGAGAUGGAGGAGUUCUUCUCAACCCUGGGGAGCCUGACCGUGGGGACCAGAGCCACCCGAGCCCCCAAGUAAACGGGUGGGAAGCACUCCCUUCCACCGCGUUGCUCGCUGGCCCUCAGUGGGGAUGGCCGCCGGCCUCGGAGGAGUCAGCCGCCCCUGCAGCCUGGACCGGGGCCCCGGAGCUCCAGAGCCAGCUGGAGAGAUGUCCUGACACCCCAGGGUCCUGCUGGAGGCCUGAGCCCCACACAGGAUCCGGGUGUUCCUCUGACAGUGCAGGGCCUGGUGGGGACAGUCCCAUGGCCACCAAAACAUGGCACCUUGGAUCCAAGUAGCCCUCAGGAACGUUUUGCAUUCUUUAUUAAAUUUGCUCUGAAAGCCUGA